AAUUCGUUCUCUCUGAUGACGACUGUGUUGACGUCGUUGUCGUUGUUGAUUGUUAGGUGCGCGAAAGAUCGGCAAAUGAAUCGUCGUCAUACGCGCGGCGGCACAAGGACAAAAUAAGUGACAUCGAAAGGCUUCUGCUGGUACGGAAUGAUAUUUUCGAUCGAAGUAACCGUGUAACUUCUAUCCAUUGACAGACCCAACCUAAUGUCAUAGUGCAAAAUCCCUCCGCUGGAAGCAGCUGCGGGGAAACUUUUCACCAAACAAACCCAACCGAGAGGGUGUUUAGUAGAUAAGCAAAUUGUGUGGCGUGUAGUGUUGUUCGUAACCAGGGAAAAACCAAAAUUACUGUAACAAAAUUGAAACAUCUCAGCAAAGCAAAGUGAAUCGAGUGGAUUGCUGUCGUCGAGAAAAACGAGUUCGAACUAAGCAACCCGCCACCAAUGGACGCAUCGGGUGAGGGCGGCACCGGCGCAGCAGGUUCAGCUGCUGAGCAUGCCGUCAGCAGUGGCAACGCAAAUUCCGACUCUCUGGGAAACUGCGAACUGCUUGAGAGUUGGACAUUACUAGACAGUCCUCCAAAGCACUCCGAACCGGUCGCAAUGGACUCCAAAGUGGCGGAUCCGGAAAAGAAAAACACCAGUGAUGAUUGUGAGGAUGUUGAUGAAGAAGAAGAAGAUGAUUGUGAUGAAGAAGAAUUAGACGAAGAGAACCCGGAAGCUGAUUCGGAAGUUUGUGAAGAUGAAGAUGAAAAAAUUGAAGACAGCAAGCCGAGUGGGGUAGAAAACGUCCAGGAAAAAUCAUCGAAAAAUAAACGUGAGCAAAGCGUGCGCGAAGAUGAACAAGCCAAGAAGAAGCGCGUUGACAGUGGACCUAGUGGCGUCGGCUUAACCUAUGAAAGCAGCGUGGGCAAGGAAAAUGCGGAGGCAUCUUCAAUCACAACCGAUCAACAGUGUUUGAAUUUCAAAAAAAUCCUAAACUUGGAUGCUCCUAAGGAAAGUGGUCAACUAUCAGACCUAAACGACACGGAAAGAGAGACCGACCGAAAGCGUAAGGCUGUGCAGCGAAGACGCGAACACAGUGACGACGAUCAAGCGCUGGUCCCCGGAAAUGCCCUGGUCCCCUGGAGGGAGAUAAACCGUGCGUCUCUGUAUAUAUUCGGUUUGGUCGUUACGGCUGUGGCAGCAAUACUGGUCGGAAAUUCGCGUCUAUUUCAGCAUCAAACUGGGGAGGUAAAUUUCCAACAUGAGCAACGAAUUUCCGAGCUGGAACUGGAAAAUAACAUUCUUAAAAAUGAGAUGAACAAACUGAAGCAUUUGUACACUCAAUCGGAAUUGGAUGAACAAGUUCAGCAAGCGGAAGCGAGUUUCAUGCGAUCGUUGGAGAAAGAAAUGGAGGAUCAAGUUCUACCAGAAUCCGACCAGGAACUGCCCACCACUCCGAUGCCAGAUGAACCUACUGCAAGACAAGUUCCACAACAGGGGGAUUACGUCAAUCGACGUGAACCCGAGCAAGAUUAUAUCCUACCCGACUUUUGCUUCAACAAAAAUGCUGUGCAAAAUACAUUGUUCUCCGAAUAUACCGCUAAGUAUUGCGACGCCAGACAACGCAAGCUUGCUGCGAAACAUCACAAGGAGGAAUGGGUCAAAAAGCAUCACCACAAAUAUAAAGAACCUAAACAACACAGACGGUAUCCUGAAGAAACCACGGAGAAAGUUGCUGAACAGCGGCAGCAAGCUACAGUACCUCCGCCAAAGGCUCCAUUGGAGUUCAAUUCCAGAACUACUUACGGAACGAUCAAGGAAGAAGGAGUGGCAUUGAUCGAGAAUCUAAAAACUAUCCUUGACUUAGAGCCCGAACAAGCGGUUCCAACCAGAGACACUCAAACGGAGGAUACGGGAUACCUGGCCGACGACGAAGCGAGCAAGAGUAGCAUUGAAAACGAGGGUGACCAUCCUACGCAGACCGAAUCGAAUGCUGCUGGAGUUCAGUGGGACAACUAUCCUGUUUGGGUUAGAAGAAAGUACGAACACCAGCCUGAAGUACACAGCAAACUCCAGGGUAAAGCCACAAUGCUGUGGGAUUGGGAACGGAAGAAGAACCAAUUCCUGCAGAAAGUUGGCCUAGACUCGUUGGAAGAUGUUAACCGGCUCACGGAAGAAGAAUUGCAACGUAAUGCGGGAACGCAACGAGAGCAGCCGCCAAUGAGAAAUGAAAAUGGCAAACAGCCGUACGAUGAACGGAAACGAUCCGAAAAUUAUGAUGGACGCAAAGAAUGGAACGGACAACGCUCAUCGGGUGAUUUCAAGCCUCACGAACCAAAGGAUCACCACAAACAUCACAAGAAAUGGAGAGACGGUGGAUAUGACAGACCGCAGGAGUUCAAAAACGGUGACCGACAGCACAAUCAAGGCAACGAGAACCGGAACUUCAAACCCGACAACUCACCUUCUUCCUCCUCAGGUGACGGCGCUCCGAGGAAGGCACAACCGAAUCAAAACGGGGACGUGCGCCCGAAUAAACACUGGAAAGAAUCUUCCGGUGAGUAUAGAAACAAGCAUCACGGCAAGGACUGGAAGGAUGAUUUCAGUGAAGAUUAUAAGAAGCACAAACAUCCCAAAGAAAAGGAUUACAAACGGAACGAGAGUGAAGAAGUUGAAAACAAGCACGAUCGGUCAUCCGGGGAAGGAAAGAGUAAGGAAUGGAAAGACCACAGGAAAAACGGUAACCAACAGCAAUGGGAAGGGAAGAGACACCGUGAUAGCGACGAACGGUUCUCUGAUGAAGGAUCCUAUCUGAAUCAAUACCGGGAGGAGUACAAGAAACAACCGAAAUAUAAAGAAGACUAUUCCAAUAAACAUCACAAACGACAUUACGAUAAUGACAGUGACGAGGAUGAUGACGAUGAUGAUGAUGACGACGACGACGAUGAUGAUGAUGAUCAUUACAAGCAUCGAAAGUCGGAAAAGCAUAGCGGAAGUGAUGAGCACUAUUGGAAAUCCCACAAAGAAAACAAGGAAAAACAUCAUCCCAAAGACAAAGAAGAGCACUGGAACAAACGACAUGAGCAAAAAUGGCACGAUCACAAUCAACCACACUCCCAGGAACGACGACGACGAUAGAUGAGCGGUUCAAUUGUGGAGGAGUGAUUACAGGGAUUAUCCAUAUAUGAUUUGGAUAUUUCAAAUAUUUUAUACCAAAACAUCUUGAGAUCAAUGAAGUUUGUGACAAAACAUCUUAAGAAGAGAAGGCGAGUUACACGCUGUACGUAGUCAGUAUGCAGCAAACUAUAUCAACUUUUUCGAAUUACAUAGUUGUUAGUACACGAAA